GGUUUUUGUAUUCUAGUAAGUUUUUGUUUAUAAAGUUUUUGCUGUUCUCUUCGCGUGGUCUUUUUAUGUUGCGAUGCAAUGGCUGCUCAGCAAGAGCAAUUUUAUCAAAUCUUGACUAGCCUUUUGUCGACGGAUAAUGAUAUCAGAUCGCAAGCAGAGGAAGCUUACAACUCGUUAGAUAUCGAGGGUAAAGUCAGUCAUCUACUAACGGCGAUACACAAUGGAGGCCUUGCCGAUGAGGGCCGCCAAAUGGCAGCUGUGCUUUUACGACGGCUGUUUUCAAACGAAUUUCUGGAGUUUUAUCCGAAACUCCCACCAGCGAGCCAGGCACAGUUAAAAGAGCAAGUUCUGCUGGCUAUUCAACAGGAACAAUCUGUGCAAUUACGGCACAAAGUAUGCGAUGUUGCUGCUGAAGUUGCACGUAACCUUAUUGACGAAGACGGUAACAACCAAUGGCCCGAAUUUCUAACGUUCCUCUGUCAGUGCGCGAGCGCCCCAAACCCCGUCUUAAAAGAGGCCGCUUUGCAAAUGUUUACCUCGGUACCAGGUGUCUUCGGUAAUCAACAGUCAAAUUAUCUCGAUCUAAUCAAGCAAAUGCUACAUCAGAGUUUGGCACAAAACGAAAGCUACGAGGUUCGGUUUCAGGCGGUGAGAGCAAUUGGUGCCUUUAUAUUGAUACACGAGAAAGAGAGUCAAAUUUUGAAGCACUUUGUCGACUUGUUACCUGGAAUGUUAAAUGUAAUUGCCGAAAGUAUUCAGCAUCAGGACGAUGACGCCCUGCUCAAGGUCCUUAUCGAUCUAGCGGAAAACACCCCCAAGUACCUUCGGCCGCAACUGUUGCCCAUUUACGAAGUGUGCUUGAAGACGUUUAGUGACCCUUCUGCUUUGGAUAGCUGGCGACAGCUCGGUUUAGAGGUUAUGGUCACAUUGGCAGAGACUGCAUCGGCCACAGUUCGAAAACAAGCUGGAAAGUAUUUGGAACAGCUCGUACCUUUGAUUCUACAGUUUAUGUCCGAGUUGGACGAGGAGGAGGGAUGGUCCGAGGCGGACGAGAUUUUAGAUGAAGACAAUGAUUGUAACAAUGUUGUUGCUGAAGCCGCUCUUGACCGAUUGGCAUGCGGAUUAGGUGGAAAAACAAUUUUACCCCUCGUCAUCCAAAAUGUUCCCGCAAUGUUGGCAAAUGCCGACUGGAAACAAAGACACGCCGCACUAAUGGCACUAGGUGCAAUAGGUGAAGGCUGCCAGAAGCAGAUGGAAGACAUGCUGCCUCAAAUAAUGACCGGAGUUCCUGGCGUCAUGGAGGGAAUAUUGCGCUACUUACAAGACCCCCACCCUCGUGUGCGAUACGCGGCGUGUAAUGCGAUUGGGCAAAUGUCGACAGAUUUCGCUCCAACUUUCGAGAAGAAGUUCCAUGAAAGUGUUGUGCCCGGUUUGUUGAUGGUACUUGAUGAUAAUGGUAAUCCAAGGGUGCAAGCGCAUGCAGGUGCCGCACUCGUCAACUUUUCCGAAGAUUGUCCAAAGUACAUACUAACUGGAUACCUUGAUCGCCUCAUGUCAAAAUUGGAAGGAAUUCUUACAGCCAAAUUUAAGGAGUUAGUCGAAAAGGGCACUAAGCUGGUAUUAGAGCAGGUUGUGACAACAAUCGCUAGCGUCGCCGAUACCGCGGAGAAGGAGUUCAUUGCGUACUACGAUCGCCUGAUGCCGUGCCUAAAGUACAUCAUACAAAAUGCGAACAAAAGCGAGCUGAAAUUACUGAGGGGUAAAGCGAUUGAGUGCGUUUCUUUGAUCGGAUUAGCAGUUGGGCCCGAGAAGUUCAUGAAUGACGCCAGCGAAGUUAUGGAUAUGCUUUUAAAGACGCACGGCGAGGGCGGUGGGGAGCUUCCGGAUGAUGAUCCACAAACUAGCUAUUUAAUUUCGGCCUGGUCGCGUAUUUGUAAAGUUAUGGGUAGGCGAUUCGAACAGUAUUUGCCAUUAGUUAUGGGACCCGUUAUGCGAACAGCAUCCAUGAAACCAGAGGUGGCCUUAUUAGACAAUGACGAUAUGCAGGAGGUUGAAGGGGACGUCGAUUGGCAAUUUGUGUCGUUAGGGGAACAGCAGAACUUUGGAAUUCGAACUGCUGGCUUGGAAGACAAAGCAGCCGCAUGUACAAUGUUGCUGUGUUACGCCCGUGAAUUGAAGGAGGGCUUCGCCGACUACAUCGAAGAGGUGGUCAAAUUAAUGGUUCCUAUGCUAAAGUUUUAUUUCCACGACGGCAUUCGAUCAGCGGCCGCCGAGUCAAUGCCUUACCUUCUCGAAUGCGCGUCGAUAAAGGGACCUGUAUUUUUAGUGGGCGUAUGGAAAUACAUGUAUCCGGAACUACUAAAAGCAAUCGACACCGAACCGGAAACCGAAGUCCUAUACGAAUUGCUACCCUCGGUCGCACGGUGUAUCGAAAUUUUGGGAGCUGGAUGCUUCGACGAAGCCGGAAUGACCGAAUUGUUGCGAAUAAUCGAUAAAUUGUUGCAAGAGCAUUUCGAGCGUGCGACAAACCGGCGAAAAAAACAUCUCGAAGAAGACUACGACGAGGUAGUUGAAGAGCAGUUGGAAGGCGAGGCGUCCGACGACAUCUACGUUUUAACGAAACUUGCCGAUGUGAUACACGCGCUAUUUUCGACGUACAGAGAAGCCUUCAUUCCUUUCUUCGACCAAAUUGCGACACACUUUGUUAAUUUACUAGACCCCUCACGACCGUGGGCCGACCACCAGUGGGGCCUGUGCGUUUUUGACGACGUUAUCGAAUUUACCGGUCCUGCUUGCGUUAAAUAUCAAACCGUAUUUUUGCACCCUCUGGCCGUAUACAUAAAAGACAAAAGUCCAGAAGUUCGACAGGCGGCAGCUUACGGGUGGGGCAUACUCGCACAGUUCGGAGGCGAUCAAUUUACGGGGGAAUUAGCUAAUAUUAUGCCGCAUUUAGUUGAAAUUAUUAAUCAUCAAGAUUCGAGAGAUAGCCGUAACAUAAACGCAACGGAAAAUGCAAUUUCAGCGGUUACCAAAAUAUUAAAAUAUCGACCUGCGGCUGUAAAUUUGGAAGAACUAUUGCCGGUGUGGUUUAGUUGGUUGCCCGUCAUCGAAGAUGCCGUAGAAGCUCCACAUAUUUACGGAUAUUUAUGUGACUUGAUAGAACAAAAUCAUCCCUCCGUAUUGGGUCAUGGAAAUGAAAAUAUACCAAAAAUUUUAAAUAUUAUUGCGGAAGCAUUCUUUAGAGAUAUGAUAGAACCUUCAAGUCCUGAAGGUUUACGAAUGUUAAAUAUUGUUAAACGAGUGCAGUCCAAUGAAACGUUAUUCCAGAAUGUAGUGUCUACUUUCCGACAAGAAUUACAAAAGGCAUUACACGUAGCCUUGCAUCCUCCGCAACCCUCUACUUAGUUUUCUAUGAAUGUAUUUAAUGUUAUUUUAAGUUAUCAUUAAUCAAAAUUAGUAACGUUAGUACACCUUGAUAAUUUUCGACUUUUUAUACAAUAUGAUCAAUUAUUUAUACAAUGCUAGUGAGGUUAUUGUAUAUUUCGUUACAGUUGUAUGUAUAUAUUUGACAUAAUCUUCGCGAUCAAGAUUUUGUGUGAUAAUAUUUUGGAAUAGCCAUUAAAAUAAUAAAUAUUUUUGUCAUGGUGACCAUGUUUAA